CAUAAAACUCAUAGUUAUUUUUAUGUUUCAAUUAAACAAAUGUAUUGUAUAAUUAUCUCCUAAUGGUUAAAAGAAUACAUAAUAUAAUUAGUUUUUUGCCGCUGCGAAGCGCGGGCCAAAAAACUAGUAUAAUUAAUGUAGACUAUUAAUUAACUUAACUGUAUAACGACAGGACGCUAGAGGUCACAUGCAUGAGCAUGAAUGUUCCAAAUCGGCCAGCUAACUAGCAUUCAUAUAUCGACAGCCAACUAAUCUGUAAGUAAGGGAAAGUUAUAUACAUAGAUGGAAUCACAGAAAGAAAGAAAGAAAGCCUGUUUGAUCGAUAAACAAUGGCAGUAACACUAUUACUUGUGAUGGCCGCCUGCGGGUUCGCUGCAGCACUCAUCAUCAGUAAUAUUAUCAUCAGCAGCAUGAAACGCCGGCUGCCGGCCGGAAACAAAGCCAGAAAGCCGCCGUCCCCGCCGAAGCUGCCGAUCCUUGGGAACCUCCACCAAGUGGGAAAGUAUCCUCACCGAACUUUCCCUGGCUUGGCGAAGCGCUGCGGUGCCCCUGACCUCAUGUUGCUCCACUUCGGCAGCAGGCCGGUACUAGUGGUCUCCACCUCCAAGGCGGCGCGUGAGGUGAUGAAGACCCACGACCUCAUCUCCUCCGACCGGCCAGAACGGAAAACCGCUAAGAAGCUUCUCUACGGUAACAAAGACAUCGUCAACGCUCGAUACGGCGAGCACUGGAGGCUGUCCAGACGACUGUGCGUGCUUCAUCUCCUCAGCAACAAGAAAAUCCGGUCCUGUCGCCCUUUGAGAGAGGAGGAAAUCGGGCUGCUUGUCAAUCGGAUUCGAACGAGUGCUCAAGCAGGCCAGGAGGUGAACUUGAGCGCACUACUUCCCUGCUUCACCAACGACGUCAUCUGCAGGAUAGCGCUCGGGAGGAAGUACAAUACCAAUAGCAUCUUUCGGGAUCUGUUGGCAGAGAUCAUGGAGUUGUUUAUUGCAUUUAGUGUGGGCGAGUUCAUUCCUCAACUUUCUUGGGUGAGUCGACUCACUGGGUUCGAUGCUCGAGUCGAUAGGGUGGCUCGACGAUUUGAUGAGUUUCUCGAUGGAGCUGUCCUCGAGAGCGCGGCUCGUUUGGAGAAAGGGAGCAACAUGAUAGAAAGAAAAGAAGAAGAAGAAGAAGAAGGCGAAGGCCAAGCAGUACCCUUGAUAGAUGUCUUGCUGCAGCUCCAAAGGGACAGCCCAGAGGAGUGCCACCUCGAUGGAGAUGGGAUCAAGGCAGUCAUCAUGGACAUGUUCAUCGGAGGAACAGACACGACGUCAACGCUUUUGGAAUGGACGAUGUCAGAGCUGAUGAAACACCCGAGGGUGAUGAAGAAGCUGCAAGAGGAGGUCAGGAGAGAAGCUGGCGUCAUUAUUUGUGAAGAAAAUUUGCACAAGCUGGAGUACCUGAAGCUAGUAAUCAAAGAGACGACACGAUUGCACCCGCCAGUCCCGUUACUACCUCCAAGGCAAUUGAUGCAAGACGCAACCAUAAUGGGUUACGAUGUAUCGGCUGGAACCAUGAUCCUAACCAAUGCCUGGGGGAUCGGAAGGGACCCGGCAGAUUGGGGCGAAUCGCCGGAAGAAUUCCUGCCCGAGCGAUUUCUCCAAACCAAAGUGGACUUCAUAGGCCAAGAUUUCGAGUUAAUACCUUUUGGAGCUGGAAGGCGACGCUGUCCGGGGAUUUCUUUCGGCCUCGCCGUGGUGGAGGUGGCGCUGGCGAACCUAGUGAGGGACUUUGAUUGGAGGCUACCCGGUGGAAUGAGAUUGGAGAUGACUGAAUGCGUUGGUCUUACAGCCCGCCGAGACGUCCCUCUUCUCGCCGUACCCACCAUCGUCCCAGCCGGCGAGCGAGCGAGCGUACAAUAAUUUAUUUUCACGGGUUAUCAUUACGCUCGUUUAAUUGUCUGGGUUUAUGCUCUUCGCAUUUUCCAUGUAUCUUUCAGAAUUUCCAUGGGUCGCAUUAGUUGGCUUGGCUAACUAGGGUCGGUAUUUUGGAUUACUUCCUUCUCUUAGUCUUGGGUUUAUGCUCUUCGCAUUUUCCGUGCACCUUGAUGUUCAUGACGGCCGUGUUGAUCUCGUAACAAAUAUUGAUAUGCGAG